AUGAUCAAUUUGAAGGGGUACAUUCAAACAAUAUGCAAACAGAACGAGAAAAUAGACGCGAAGACAAACAGGUGAGUCAGAGGGUUAUUUUUUAGUUCGCUCUCGUUUAGAGCUCGGCGCCCAGAUAUUAAAGUGAACCCGAUGUCAACCCGGAAACGGAUUUCAUGCGAUACUAGGUAAAAUUAUUGUGUUUGCCAAAUUUUUAUUCUGUGUCAUUAUAUCUUAUCAAGAUGUUUUAGUCCUUCUUCUUCUAGUGUUGACCUAGAAUCCAAAGCUAAAACGUGAGUUCAAACUGCUUUGGUUAUUUAUCAUUUUUAGGGAGUCGUCAAACGACAUUGAAAUAAGUGGAAUACGGACUCGGAGUGCAGCUUUAGCUGAUAAAAUUAGACGACAUGUGAGGAAACCGAUUGUGUAUGAUCUUGAAGAAGAAAGAGAAGAAGAAGAAGACAAGUCUUACCAAAAGAGGAAAGCAGAUAACGACGAUGAUUGGGCCACGGUAUGUUUGACCCCUUAUUCAUGGUUUGUUGGGAAGUGACGAUGAUGACGUCAAUAAGGCGUUCUCAUUUUUUCUUACUUUCGGUAUCUUUAAGGUUUGUAAGAAAUCAAAUUCCAAAGAAUUAUCAUUAAAUUUGGCAAUUACUAUUAUUUGUUCGUCGGUUUAUUGCGUCAGCUUGUCCAGAUUGUUUUUUGGGUGAGAUUAAGCCGACUUUUGGGAUUAGCGAGUCGUCUUUUGAAUAUUAUUUUUGAAGGAAAAGUGUGUUUUUUGUUGGUCUCCCGUUGUGAUAUUGUUAUCUGAGGCAUCCAACGCUCCUACUUUGAAUAUUAUGAGUUGAGAGACGGUCUGACAUGCUGAGAUGAGCUGUCUUUAUAUGUGUUGUCCAUUCUUUUUUGAGGUGAAGUUUUUAAUUUACAUGAUAUUCAUCAGUUUUAGUUCAAAAAACGGCGUUUUGAUGAAGAAUCUCCCAAAUUCAAGAAGCUUACCUCGCCCUCGAUAAGUAGUUCAUCGCUACGACGGUCUUCCUCUGCAAAAGCCACGAAUGGAAAAUUCGAAACACCUCCAGUGUACAAGAAUAAGGACGGAGAUUAUUUUGUGGCAUUUUACACCAACAAGUAUGUCUUCAGCAAUCAUUUCCCAUGUCCACAGAAGUUUGAAUUGGAGGGUAUGUGACAUUGUGUGAGGUGUGAUCGAAGUACUUUAUAGGACACGAAUUCCCAACUUCAGAACAUUAUUAUAUGUAUCACAAGGCGCUAUUUCACGGUGACAAAGAAGCAGCGGAAAGUAUUUUGAAGGAGCCUUGUCCAAAGACAGCAAAGCGGAUUACCGCAGAUUUCAGAAACUUCGACGCUAAAAAAUGGGAUGACAUAUCUGUCGAGGUAGGUUGUUUUAUUAUUAUUCGUAUCUUUUAGGUAAUGAGAAAAGGAGUCAUGGCCAAAUUUGACCAGAAUACAGAACUACGACGGGAAUUGUUCAAGACGGGGAAUGCAACCCUUGUGGAAGCCGCACCUAGAGAUAGACGAUGGGGAGUCGGACUUAAUAUGAGUGACCCUGAUGUAGCAAACCAGGCCAAAUGGAAAGGCCAGAAUCUCCUUGGCCAAAUCCUUAUGGGUGUAAGGACAACACUGGCUGCCCAAUAUCCCGAAGAGUUUGAAAGCUUGAAGCCCUCGAGUGAGAGGAUGCUUCAGAACGCUGUUUCCAUUUAA